GGGAAGCAAACAUAUUUUCCGAACAAUGGUGUCGUCCAAGAAGCCGAAGAACGAUGGCAUCAACAAAGCUGUUGGUCCUAACACAGGCAGCUCCGGUUCCAAAACGAAGAAGAGUAAGAAGCCGAACGUAAAGGCCACUGUGGAGAAGGAGACGGAGGUUUACGAGAUCUCUGAAUCUUCGAGCAGCGAAGCGAGACGUGAUGAGCCGAAGGAAAGUAAUGGUGUCGUCGUGGAAGACGCUAAGAUGAUUAGGUUUCCUAUGAAUCGGAUUCGGCGGAUCAUGAGGAGCGAUAACUCUGCUCCUCAGAUCAUGCAGGACGCUGUGUUUCUCGUCAACAAAGCCACGGAAUUGUUCAUUGAGAAGUUUUCUGAAGAAGCUUAUGGAAGUUCUGUCAAGGACAAGAAGAAGUUCAUCCACUACAAACAUUUAUCAUCUGUAGUGAGUAACGAGGAGAGAUAUGAAUUCCUUGCAGAUUGUGUUCCUGAGAAACUAAAAGCAGAGGUCGCCUUGGAGGAGUGGGAAAGAGCCAUGGCAGAUGUAGGCUGAAACAAACCGACCUGAACCUUUAGGAAUGUUAUUUCCUGGUCAAUUGGUUGCAUCUGCCCAAUCUUCAACUUCUUAAUAUCCAUAAUGACAUUGCACAUAGUCUAUUUCUAGAAUGUAUUACCUUUUUAUAUAUACUAGUUCGAGUUUGCAAGAGUUUUCGGAACUAUAAGGUUUUACUCGUAGUAUAAUUUGUGGCUACAAUGAAAUUUUUCAUCGGCAAUAACAGAUACUAUUUCCCGGUUCGCGGGUAACACAUAACGCAAGUAUUUUUUUCUGGACUCACGAGAGCUAACACGGAUGAUAGGAUGUGAGGGCAGUCAUUGUCUAAAAUCAGUUUACACUUUACAGGAUGGAAGGACGAUAGAGAAGGCUUUCAAGUAAAGUUAUGAGAUAUACGUUGAACAAUUAAGGAAAAAAUAAUGUUUCACUAGAGCGGUUAUGUGGAAUCCUUUUAUGACAUUUAAGGAACAUAAAGUUACGACCUAUAAGAGCAUGUUUAUCACUACAGAGGCAGAGAAGAAGACGAGAGAAAGGCUGCCUUGCCUUUAAAUAUAGGACGAAGCUCGGAGAAGUUCUUAGGAUUGCGAAUGCUUGUGGAGCCAUUACAUGAAAGCUCUGUGAUUUGAUAAAUGGCGAAAGGUCUGUGAUUUUCAGAAGAAGAGUAUAGUGGUUGUUGUAGUCUUGUGGAAUCACGAGAUCAUGUUGUUGUUGAGAUCAUGUACGUGUCUGUGUUUGUCAUUGUCUUGUGGAGUCACGAGAUCACGUAAGUGUGUGUCUUUGUCAUUGUAGUCUUGUGUCACAACUUUGUAAAUCAGUAAC